AUGUCCGCACGGAGAGCAGGCGCAAGCCUAUCCCCUCUGCUCCGAACUCCACGCAAGUCCUGCUGUCCUUCUGUCUGUCCCUUCUCCACCACCCGCCGCACCCUCCAAACCGCAGCCGCCCAGCCCAAACCCUCCACGGCAUCUACUCCCAUCAGCAAAGGCCCCUCAGGACCCACCAGCAGACCUCCUUCCGCGCCCGUAAGACCCCACACCGUACCAUCUCCAGUUGCCGCGCCGCCUACAGCGCGCAACACGGCCGCCUCAACUCCAUCCGAGAACCUACGCUCCCUAACCGACGGCCUCUCCGACGAGCCGACCGUCGUGGACGAAAACAGCAAGCAGGUCGACUGGGCGCGCUCGUUCCACGGGCUCUCGGCGUCGCCGUUCAGCCCCGAGGCGCAGGAGGCGCUGCUCCAGCCCAUCCCGGUGGACGACAUCGAGGUCAAGCCGGACGGGAUUAUUUAUCUGCCGGAGAUCAAGUAUCGAAGGAUUCUGAAUCGGGCGUUUGGGCCUGGUGGGUGGGGGCUGGCGCCGAGGGGGGAGACGAUUGUUACGGGGAGGAGUGUGACGAGGGAGUAUGGGCUUGUGGCUGGAGGGAGACUUGUGUCGAUAGCUCGCGGCGAGCAGCAGUACUUUGAUCCUGAGGGCAUACCUACCGCGACCGAGGGCUGCAAGUCGAACGCGUUGAUGCGCUGCUGCAAGGAUUUGGGCGUGGCGAGCGAGCUGUGGGAUCCGCGGUUUAUCAAGAGCUUCAUGAAGGAGCACAGCAAGGAGAUCUGGGUUGAGCAUGUGGUUAACAAGAAGAGAAAGAAGAUUGUUUUGAGGAAGGACGAUGAAGUGAGGUAUCCAUUCAAGGAGGUCAAGUCAAGUGCGUCGGGUGCGUUUUGA